AUGAUAAGCCAGUUAUCGCUGCGCUCGCGAUGUUUGGCAACAAACGCAAAACGGCGCCAAAUGAGCUUGCUCGAUUUUCACACUAAAAAGCACAAUAAAGACAAAAUAGCCAUGGUCACCUGCUAUGACUAUACCAGCGCGCGUAUCGCCUCUGAUACCGGCGCCGAUUGCCUACUCGUGGGCGACAGCGUAGCCAUGACUGUCCACGGCUUCCCGGACACCCUCCCGGCGACCGUAGCCAUGAUGUGCGCCCACACGGAGGCCGUACACCGCGGCGCCGGCGGUAUGUUUCUCGUGGCUGACCUACCGUUCCUUAGUUACCGACAAUCGCUAAGUAAAAGUGUCGGCGCUGUUUACGAACUCAUGCGGGCCGGAGCUCAAGCCAUCAAACUGGAGGGCGCCGGUAGUAAUCUGUCGCUAAUCAAGCAUUUGGUAGAGUCGGGCGUUCCGGUGAUGGGCCACUUGGGUCUCACCCCGCAGUCGGUUCGGGGUUUGGGUGGCUAUAGAAUACAGGGCCGGACGGAAGCCUCAGUCAAACGAUUGCUCGACGACUCCCUGAGUCUACAAGAGUGCGGCUGUUUUGGGCUCGUCCUGGAGUGCAUACCGGCGCCGGUGGCCAAAGAGAUUACCGACGCUCUGACAAUACCGACAAUAGGUAUCGGUGCCGGACCUCAUACUGAUGGUCAAGUGCUGGUCUGGCAGGACAUGUUUGGUCUGAACGACGAUCUGAAGCCCAAAUUUGUCCGACACUUCCUCAACGGUAGCCAACUCUUCAAACAGGGUAUCAAUGAGUACGCGAAGGCUGUAAAAGAUGGGUCGUUCCCCGACCGGCAACACUGUUAUGAGUAA